UCUCCGGGUGCCCCCCGGGCCCCCCCCAUGGAGAACUUCCAGAAGGUGGAGAAGAUCGGGGAGGGCACCUACGGCGUCGUGUACAAGGCCCGGAACAAGCUCACGGGGGACGUGGUGGCGCUCAAAAAGAUCCGCCUGGACACGGAGACCGAGGGCGUCCCCAGCACGGCCAUCCGGGAGAUCUCCCUGCUGAAGGAGCUGAACCACCCCAACAUCGUCAAGCUGCUGGACGUGAUCCACACGGAGAACAAGCUCUACCUGGUGUUCGAGUUCCUGCACCAGGACCUGAAGAAGUUCAUGGACUCGUCCUCCAUCACCGGCAUCGCCCUGCCCCUCAUCAAGAGUUACCUGUUCCAGCUGCUGCAGGGCCUGGCCUUCUGCCACGCUCACCGCGUCCUGCACCGCGACCUCAAGCCCCAGAACCUGCUCAUCAACGCCGACGGCGCCAUCAAACUGGCCGAUUUCGGCCUGGCCCGCGCCUUCGGGGUGCCCGUGCGCACCUACACCCAUGAGGUGGUGACGCUCUGGUACCGGGCCCCCGAGAUCCUGCUGGGCUGCAAGUACUACUCGACGGCCGUCGACAUCUGGAGCUUGGGCUGCAUCUUUGCGGAGAUGAUCACCCGUCGCGCCCUGUUCCCCGGGGACUCGGAGAUCGACCAGCUCUUCCGCAUCUUCCGCACGCUGGGGACGCCUGACGAGGCGGCCUGGCCCGGUGUCACCGCCAUGCCCGACUACAAGCCCAGUUUUCCCAAAUGGGCCCGGCAAGAUUUCGGCAAAGUGGUGCCGCCGUUGGACGAGGAGGGACGGAAGCUGCUGGCGCAAAUGCUGCACUACGACCCCAACAAACGGAUCUCGGCCAAGGCGGCGCUGGGACACCCCUUCUUCUGCGACGUCACCAGGGCUGUCCCCCACCUGCGGCUCUGAGCUGGGGGGCACCCCCCCUUCCUCCCCCCCCCCCCCCAGCUGCACUCACGGGGAGGGGGUGUCGGGACGGGACGGGCAGCUGCCUGCUGCCCAGUGAGGGUUUGGGGGGGGCGCUGCCUCCUCCCGAAAGGAGCCCCCCGUCCCUGUGCUGCGAGAGGUGACGUCUGUCCCUGGGGACGUGGUGGCAGGGGGCUCAGGACCCCCCUACGCCUCCCUCCUGCCCCCCCGCCCUGGGCAGAGCCCCCCCCCCGCAGCUGUUGGGCCCCCCCGGGGACAGGGAGCAGGUCCCACGCCUGCCGGAGGGUCCCAUCCUGCUCCGCUCCCCAGCGCGGCGAGACCCCCCCCCCCUCGCCCGGACUGUCGGCACUUACGGCCCCUCUGGGGGGGGAGCACCUUCAUCCCCACCAUCCUCAUCCUCACCACCAGCAUCCCCCAGUGCGGCACUGGCCGGGGGGGGGUCUGUGCCCCCCGCGUGGGUCCCCUGCCCCACGGGAAGGGGGUUUGGGGGGGGGGGGGGGGGGG